GGCAGCCAACCGACCGCAUGCUCUCGCGCUUGCGCGUAUGGUCGGUUAGGCUGGCUGCUUCGCUCGCGCAUAGGGUCGGUUGACUGUGUUGAGGAACAAGUGCGGCUGUUCUUGACGAACCAGUGGACGACAAGGCGUUCGAGGGGUACGCGACGUCCGCCGUCGGUACGGCUCCCAGCGUACCUGGUGCUGUGGCGAGUGCUGUGGGAGUGCGGCCUGGACAGUCCUGGGAGCACGUAGCCUCGUAACAACCAUGGACCGAACGACGACGCUAGCACGAUACGCCCUGCGGCUACUCGAAUUUAUCAUCAACCUGGCCGCGACAAGCAUCAACUACGCCACGUUGCGGCCCAUCCGUGGUCGAAGUCUAGAAGAUCAAGAAGAACUCGCUGGACCAUCGCUGUUACCGCACCAUUCGGAAGACGCUCCUACAAGUAAUCACCAGGUUCCGGCAGCCAAACCAGAAUCACACGCCAUCGAGCCGGAGACGUCUGACUACUUUUCCCGGUCGUCCGACAAAGCUGACCACCCCGCCUCAGUGCAGACCGCUGCAGGGCGGCUGCCUGUGAAGACCAAAACGACAACAGUAUUGCGGCAGACGCAUGCUCCGAAGAUGACCCAAGCGGAAACAGCGGCUACCAGGACCACGAAGGGAUCCACGCAAGCAAUGUCGAAGCAACGGCGAAGGUGGUCCACGGCGGACCUGAAGCCGGUGUGGGAAAAGGUGCACGACCCUUUGGGCCCCGUGGAAAUUGAGCCAACGGCAAGAGGAGCCGCAGCGACACGACGAGGGCUUCGACAAGCUGACCACCCCGCCUCAGUGCAGACCGCUGCAGGGCGGCUGCCUGUGAAGACCAAAACGACAACAGUAUUGCGGCAGACGCAUGCUCCGAAGAUGACCCAAGCGGAAACAGCGGCUACCAGCACCACGAAGGGAUCCACGCAAGCAAUGUCGAAGCAACGGCGAAGGUGGUCCACGGCGGACCUGAAGCCGGUGUGGGAAAAGGUGCACGACCCUUUGGGCCCCGUGGAAAUUGAGCCAACGGCAAGAGGAGCCGCAGCGACACGACGAGGGCUUCGACAAGCUGACCACCCCGCCUCAGUGCAGACCGCUGCAGGGCGGCUGCCUGUGAAGACCAAAACGACAACAGUAUUGCGGCAGACGCAUGCUCCGAAGAUGACCCAAGCGGAAACAGCGGCUACCAGGACCACGAAGGGAUCCACGCAAGCAAUGUCGAAGCAACGGCGAAGGUGGUCCUCGGCGGACCUGAAGCCGGUGUGGGAAAAGGUGCACGACCCUUUGGGCCCCGUGGAAAUUGAGCCAACGGCAAGAGGAGCCGCAGCGACACGACGAGGGCUUCGACAAGGCGAAAGCUGCCCGCCCACUAACCACGCAACCGAGUCAUGCGGGAGACCCCGCAACCGACGACGCGGGGCCACCUUUGUCGUGAGUGCUCGGCCAUCUGUGGAGGCAUCCACAAAGCUGCACACUACAUCCAGGAAGGAGCAGCCUUUCCUAACAAAUCUUCCGCCAGCAAAACCAGGAUCAUACGGGAUUGAGCCGGAGACGUCUGAUUUCUCUUCCCUGUCGUCCGGCAAAGGCGAAAGCUGCCCGCCCACUAACCACGCAACCGAGUCAUGCGGGAGACCCCGCAACCGACGACGCGGGGCCACCUUUGUCGUGAGUGCUCGGCCAUCUGUGGAGGCAUCCACAAAGCUGGCAUCCACGCAGGCAAUGUCGAAAGAAGGGAGAAGGUGUUCGACGGCGGACCUGAGGCCAGUGUGUGAAAAGGUACACGACCCUUCGGGCCCCGUGGCACUUGAGUCAACGGCAAGAGGAGCCGCAGCGACACGCCGAGGGCUUCGACAAGUGUCUAGCACAACUCCUAGAAUGCCCAGCCCGGCCGCCGACGAAGCACCCUGGCUGCCGCAACUGCCAAAGUCCCCAGAGGUGACUCGUCUUUCGUCGACUACUACUCGGCCGGGUGAUCGUCUGCGAAGCGCCAGUCCGAAACUGGUGCCCAUCAAGAAGCGUCCGCCUCCAAGCAAGCAAUCCAACUGCCGCUAGAGUAUCCACUGGUUCCGAAUUUCACAACUGUUGUGCGACUUCCCGACGAAGUUCGAGGCCCUCCGAAGCAACACCGAGGCCUGGUGGCUAGCUACAAACACUGGAUGCGGACGUCGAUGGAAGCUGGGAGCCUUCUGCGAACGCUCUCUGCAGUAGCGUCGGGCGUCCUUCAGAUGGUGUAGAGACCUUCACGGCUGGCCCAUUUUGGCUACUUUUUAGGCGAGUGAGCCAUCCUCACCAAUAAAGCUUGAUCAUUAUUAGAGAA